AUGGCCAACAAGGAGUGCACCAUGACUUUGAGCACCGCGAGCAGUUCCAGCAAAGCUGCCUUUCAGCUGGCUGUUCCCAGGACAUUUGGGGGCUGUGGUGGCUCCAAGGCCAGGCCCCAUGUGGCACCAUGGGCUGCCUGGCUCUGGCGGGCUCUGCCCGCGCCGCGGCAAGUGCGUGGGGCCGGGGCUGGGCAGGCCGGGGAGGCGCAGGGCUGGGGCUGGGGAGCGGGGCCGGAGCGGCCGAGGGCCCUGUCCCACGGCUGUGCCCGUCCCGCAGGCUGCGGCGUGCCCGCCAUCGCACCCGUCAUCCGCGGCUACAACCGCAUCGUCGGCGGGGAGCCGGCGGUGCCCGGCUCCUGGCCCUGGCAGGUGUCCCUGCAGCGCUACGGCAACUUCCACUUCUGCGGCGGGUCCCUGAUCAGCGAGCAGUGGGUGGUCACCGCUGCCCACUGCGGCGUCAAGACCACUGACGCCGUGGUGCUGGGCGAGUACGACCAGGAGACCGAGUCCGGGGACGUGCAGAGGCUGUCCAUCGCCAAGGUCUUCCGCAACCCCAGCUACAGCUCGCUGACCGUCCGCAACGACAUCACGCUGAUCAAGCUGGCCACCCCGGCGCAGCUGAACGCCCGCGUGUCCCCCGUCUGCCUGCCCCAGGCCACCGAUGACUUCCCCGGGGGCCUGACCUGCGUCACCACGGGCUGGGGGCUCACCGACGCCUCGGCCGACACGACGCCGGCGGUGCUGCAGCAAGUGGCCCUGCCCCUGCUGACCAACGCGCAGUGCAAGCAGUACUGGGGGUACCGCAUCUACGACGUGAUGGUGUGCGCCGGCGCUGACGGAGCCUCCUCCUGCAUGGGCGACUCCGGGGGCCCGCUGGUGUGCCAGAAGGACGGCGCCUGGACCCUGGUGGGCAUCGUCUCGUGGGGCAGCAGCAGCUGCUCCACCUCCAUGCCCGGCGUGUACGCCCGCGUCACCGAGCUGCGCGCCUGGAUCGACUCCAUACUGGCGGCCAACUGAGGCCCCAAAUAAAGCUCUGUGCC